CGACUGCUCCGCGGAGCGCUUCCGACCGGCGCCGCGGCCACCGCCUCCAGGCAGUUACCCGGCAACGCCUCCAGGCCGUUUCCCUGGCAACGCGCUGCAGGCUGCUGCCAUCUCCGCGAUGGACGCGCCGUCGGGCGCCUGGCCCCGCCGGCCUCGCGACCGCCUUGGCACGCAGUCCUCGGGGGCGCGGGCUCCAGCGACGCCCUGGGCGCGCUUCUCGGCCUGGCUGGAGUGCGUGUGCGUGGUCACCUUCGACCUGGAGCUGGGACAGGCGCUGGAGCUGGUGUACCCCAGUGACUUCCGGCUCACGGACAAGGAGAAAAGCAGCAUCUGCUACCUGUCCUUCCCUGACUCCCACUCAGGCUGCCUCGGGGACACGCAGUUCAGCUUCCGCAUUCGUCAGUGUGGAGGGCGGAGGAGCCCUCGGCCCACCGACGACAGGCACUACGACCGGGAGGCCCCCCUGUCACUGCAGAGGGAGUCCGCACACUACUUCGGCUACGUGUACUUCCGGCAGGUGAAGGACAGCUCCGUGAAGAGGGGCUACUUCCAGAAGUCUCUGGUGCUGGUGUCCCGCCUGCCCUUCACCCGGCUGUUCCAGGCGCUGCUGAGCCUGAUCGCCCCCGAGUACUUUGACAAGCUGGCGCCCUGCCUGGAAGCAGUGUGCAGUGAGAUUGACCAGUGGCCGGCCCCGGUGCCUGGGCAGACCCUGAACCUGCCAGUCAUGGGCGUCGUCCUGCAGGUACACGUCCCGUCCAGGGUAGACAAGCCUGAAUCCAGUCCUCUGAAGCAGUGUGGCCAAGAGAACCUGCUGCCGGCCCCGCUGGUGCUCGCCAGCAUCCACGAGCUGGACCUGUGCCGGUGCUUGCAGCCUGUGCUGAGCCACGUGCAGACGCUGUGGGAGCUCAUGCUUCUCGGGGAGCCCCUGGUGGUGCUGGCGCCCUCGCCCGCCGUGUCCUCCGAGAUGGUGCUGGCCUUGACCAGCUGCCUGCAGCCCCUCAAGUUCUGCUGUGACUAUCGCCCCUACUUCACCGUCCACGACAGCGAGUUCAAGGAGUUCACUACACGCACGCAGGCCCCACCUAAUGUGGUCCUGGGGGUCACCAACCCUUUCUUCAUCAAAACUCUCCAGCACUGGCCCCACAUCCUCCGUGUCGGGGAGCCCAGGAUGUCAGGUGAGGCGGCCUGGCUGCGCCCGGGGUCUGGGCUCUGGGCCUGGGCCCCGAGGGGCCAUCAGCGUUUUCUGUUUCCAGGCGGCCUCCCGAAGCAGGUCAAGCUGAAAAAGCCCUCGAGGCUGAAGACCCUCGACACCAAACCAGGCCUCUACACCGCCUACACGGCGCACCUGCGGCGGGACAAGGCCCUGCUCCGCCGGCUGCUCCGGGGCCUGCAGAAGAAGCGGCCCGCGGGGGUGCUGACCGCGCUGCUGAGGCGGCACCUCCUGGAGCUCACGCAGAGCUUCAUCAUCCCCCUGGAGCACUACAUGGCCAGCCUCAUGCCCCUGCGGAAGAGCAUCACGCCCUGGAAGACCCCUCCCCAGGUCCGCCCCUUCCACCAGGAGGACUUCCUGUGCAGCCUGGAGCAGGCGGGGCCCCAGCUCACCUGCAUCCUCAAGGGUGACUGGCUGGGUCUCUACAGGCGGUUCUUCAAGUCCCCCCACUUUGACGGCUGGUACCGGCAGCGGCGCAAGGAGAUGGCCCAUCAACUGGAGGCCCUGCACCUGGAGGCCAUUUGUGAGGCGAACAUCGAGACCUGGAUGAAGGGCAAGUCCGAGGUGGAGGUCGUGGACCUGGUCCUGAAACUGCGGGAGAAGCUGGUGCGGGCACAGGGCCACCAGCUCCCUGUGGCGGUGGAGACGCUGCAGCAGGCCUGGCAGUACGUCGAGACGGCCAUCGGCUCCCUGCCCAAGGACCUGCAGGCCGUCGUGUGCCCGCCCUAGGACAGGCCAGAGGGGGUGGUCUGUGCCUUCGUGCCCGGGGGCCUGGGUCUGGCUGAGCUUCCCUCUCUCCAGGGAGGGUGGCCCAGCCAAGCACGAGUGCCGACCAGGCUCCCUGCCGUUCCUGGUCCUGGCCCCCGCCCAGCACCUCUGUCCCAGCAGUAAAGUGGGCUUUGGAGCCUUAGCCUCAGCCCUGCCUGUUGACGGUCAUGUGUUGGCUGGAGCCUCCCCUCCCCCUGGGUCCCACCUGCCCGCUGCAGGGCUGCCAGCUGGGGGGGGGGGGGCGGGCGGGCUGGCUGGCUGUGAGCCCUUGCUGCUUGGGGCCUGGGGCCCUGCCCCCCGCCAGGCACCCGUCUGCCGAGUCCUGGAAGGCCCAAUGCGUUGCAUUUGAUGUGUCCUUCAGCCCCACCGGCUGCCCAUCCAGGACAGGAACAGGCAGCUGACGGGCAGCCCCUCCUCACAGGGCCCACCCACCCACUUGCCUGGUACCAGGGACCCCUCACCCAGGUCCUUGGCUUGGGGAGGGAUGAGGAGCUUGGCCUCCUGAUUGCUGGUUUCUUGAGAGGCCACUAGGGGGCAGUGUGGGACCCAGCCAUGGGCUCCCACCCUCCAGGCAUUGUCCCAGGCCCUGUCCCCCCCACACACACACGUGGCUACAGGCACUGGGGUUACCCAGGUCCAUCUACCCUAUGUGCAGCCUGAGUGGCUUACCUGCCCCGCUCCAGCCCAAGCCUCCACAGCCACAGCCGCCUGGGGCCCAGCUCCCAGAGGGGGUGCACGCCCCAGCCAGGCCCAGGGCUGCCCCCACUCAGCACAGGGUGAGAGCAGGGUCAGCUGGGGGAAGGGCCAGAGCGGUGGGCCUGCAGUAAGGCUCCCCCGUCAGACCCCUCACCCGAGGGGCUGGGCCAGGCUGCGCGGGGCUCAGUGUCUCCUUGAGGCGGUCCUGGCAGUGAGCGGCUGCAGGCUGGUGGGGUUCCUGUCCCUCCUGAAGCCCCGCUCAGUCCUGCCCCUGGAGGAUGCAUGCCCUCCCAGGCAGAUGGCCACGUGCUGGUCUGAGCGUCUGUGUCAGCUUCUGGCCCGGACCUAACCCUAGGACAGUCUCACUGUCUUCAGUCUGAAAACUGAGGCAGUAACUGCGUUUUAGCAGAAUGAGCUGGAGGCCCCUGAGGCCCACGUGCCAGGCCUGUGCAGCUCACUGUAACCCAGUGGGGGAUGCAGAGCGGGGAGGAAGGGGUAGAUGGGUCAAAGGAAGCAGAACACCGCCCCCCCCCCCCCCCCCCCCCGUCCUGCAGCAGAGCCUGAGAGCAGAAAGGCCUAGAUGGGCAGGAGCCCAGUGUCCCAGGAGGUGCUGCGGUGACCACUGUGCUGGGGCUGGGAGGCCUGUGCAGGGCCAGGCGGGCGGAGAUGCAGUGUCUGCUCCCGGCAGGAAGGAGUGGCCCGAGCUUCCUGGCUCUAUUUAAAGACUCCCUUAGUCUGGCAUAGUGGCCUUCCCACACUUUUGGUAUUAAAAUAUGC